GAUCGCCAUGUCGGACAUCGAGCAAGCGCCCCCUGCCGCUGCCCCAGUCGAAGCACCGGCUGCUGCCGCUGCCCCUGUCGAAGCACCGGCUGCUGCCCCCAUCGAGGCGCCGACUGCUUCCUCCAUCGAGGCGCCUUCUGCUGCCGCCGACGUGCUUGCCCCUGCGGAGACGGCGGUGGAAUUCGUGGCCAAGCCCGGUGAAGCGGCUGUCAAGCCCGAGUUUCGCCGCGUCUUGCCGCCCAAGACGGAAGGCGACGACGGCGAGCGCGAGCGUGGUACGUUCAAGAAGCGCCCGCGCGACGCCGCCGACGAUCCGUCCACGAUGCUCUGCCGUGCGGUGGCCGCUGGCGAGGGCUGUGCGUACAGCGACUCGUGCAAGUUUAGCCACGACGUCGCCGACUACAUGAAGCGCCGGCCCAAGGACUUUGAGGGCCCGUGCCCGGUGUAUACGGCGCUCGGCUAUUGCCGGUACGGCCUCAACUGCCGGUACGGUCUCACGCACGUGGACGCGAACGGCGUGAACCUGGGGACACCGGCCGACGAGAAGACGGCCAAGCAAGAACGCAAUAUUGAGUACGACAUUCUCGACAACCCGGAGCCUGCCGAGCACAAGCCCGUGGACUUUAAGGGCAAGAUUUACGUCGGCCCGCUCACGACGGUCGGGAACCUCCCGUUCCGCCGCGUGCUCAAGCACUGGGGCGCGGAUAUCACGAUCGGCGAGAUGGCCAUGGCCACCAACUUGCUCCAGGGCCAGGCGUCCGAGUGGGCACUGCUGCGCCGCCACGAGUCGGAAGAUGUCUUUGGCGUGCAGAUUGCUGGUGCCUACGGCGACCAAAUGGCGCGCGUGUGCGAACUCAUCACGCGCAAGACCAAGGUGGACUUUAUCGAUAUCAACAUGGGCUGCCCCAUCGACCUCGUGUGCAAGGCCGGUGGGGGUGCAGCGCUCAUGAACCGCCCCCCCAAGCUCUACUCGGUCAUCGCUGGCGCGUUGACGGGCAUUGAGCUCGGCAGUUUUGGCCUCGCGACUCGCCCGAGCCUCACGGUCAAGAUGCGCGCGGGUUGGUCCGAGAAGACGCCGGUCGCGCACAAGCUGUUGCCCAAGGUCCAGACGUCCAUCUCGAGCAACGAGUUUAUGAACCAAAGCGUCAUCCAUGGCCGGUCGCGUCUCCAGCGCUACACCAAGAACGCCGACUGGGUCUAUGUGGCCGAGUGCGCCGACACGCGCGGCGACGACAAGACGAUGCAGAUGGUCGGCGGCGGCGACGUGCUCUCGUACGAAGAGUUCCACGAGCACCUCCAGUCGGGCCAGAUCGACACGUGCAUGCUCGCCCGUGGCGCGCUCAUCAAGCCGUGGCUGCCGACCGAGAUCAAGGAACGCCGCCACUACGAUAUCUCGUCGUCCGAGCGGCUCGAUAUCCUCAAGGACUUUGUCAAGUGCGGCCUCGAGCACUGGGGCUCGGACGCCAAGGGCAUCAACCGCACGCGCCGGUACUUGCUCGAGUGGAUGUCCUUCCUCUGCCGCUACGUGCCCGUCGGCAUCCUCGAGAAGCUGCCCCAGCGCAUCAACGAUCGUCCGAUGCCUUAUUAUGGCCGCAACGACCUCGAGACGCUCAUGGCGAGCGACCAAGCGGCCGACUGGGUCAAGAUCUCGGAGAUGCUGCUUGGCCCUGUGCCCGAGGGGUUCCAAUUCGUGCCCAAGCACAAGGCCAACGCGUACGGCUAA